GCCAGCCGAGGCGGUGCGGGGCACGAUGGGUGGUGGCCAGGUGCGGGGCCCGAAGAGGGCGGGGGCUACAAGGCAGCUCCAGGGUGGGGCUGCACAGCCGCGGUCUGGGCUCGGCCACUGCCAAUGUGUGUGUUGGGAGGUGUCCCGUGGUGGGGAAUUUGGUCUGAAAGAGUAGGAGGUGGUAGAAAUGACACCGGAGAGAAUUCACAGCGGUCCUGCUGUGAUUGUGGCCACGGAAACAACGGUCCAUCCUUGCAACCACCCCAACGAGGUCGCGGGACAGGCGAUGCGUUCCUCGGCGGCAGAUCAGACCUAUUGUGACCGCCUGGUGCAGGACACGCCUUUCCUGACAGGCCACGGGCGCUUGAAUGAGCAGCAGGUGGACAGGAUCAUCCUCCAGCUGAACCGUUACUACCCACAGAUUCUUACCAACAAGGAGGCGGAAAAGUUCCGGAACCCCAAGGCAUCCUUGCGUGUGAGGCUGUGUGACCUCCUGAGCCACCUGCAGCGGAGCAGUGAGCGGGACUGCCAGGAGUUCUACCGAGCCCUGUAUAUCCAUGCCCAGCCCCUGCACAGCCGCCUGCCCAGCCGCCACGCUCUGCAGAACUCAGAUUGCACAGAGCUAGACUCGGGCAGCCAGAGCGGCGAGCUGAGUGACAGGGGUAACACCUCCCUGCUGCCCCUCCCUCUCUUUCCCUCUCUCUUUACCCUCCCCAGGGCUCCAUCUCCACCUCAGGGGCUUCUCCACCCCAAGUCUGGCUCCAUUCUUGGCCUUCUGUUGGUGACAGACCCCCUAAGGUGCUUGCUUGGGGGCUCUUCAGGCAGCACCUCAGCCUGGCACCCCCACUCCCCUGCGCAGCCCCCGGGCCUCAGGACCCCACCCCUCUGAGGCCCAGGGGAGCCCUGUUCAUGCUGGUUUCUCCCCAGGACCCAUGAGCUUCCUGGCUGGCCUGGGCCUUGCUGUGGGACUGGCCCUGCUCCUGUACUGCUAUCCACC